GAAAAACACAAAAAAGGAAACUGGGAAGAGCCCAGGUGACAGUGACAUGACUUUAAAAUCUGGUACAGAACUGGACUUUGUUCAUUCUGAGUGCAUUGUGAUGGAAGAAUCCCAGUCAGUGACAAAGCCACAGGACUGUGAAGAUAUUCAUUACGCAAGUUUAAUCCAUUUCCCAAGAAGUGAGGGACAAAUGUCGGAGCCACCUUCACCUACCAAUGAUUCCAUUAUAUAUGCCUCAGUGGUGAAACCAGUACAGAGCUAAUGGGCAUCCUGGGCAGCAGGUCACUGAUAUGGACUCUAAUGCUUCUACUUUAUUGUAAUGUUUAUGCAUUUUCUAAUAUACAAAAAAAAACAUUUGGGUGGUAACUAGAAGUAUUUCACAGCAACAAAAGCUUUCUAGCAACUCUUUGAAUCUUAGUUAACACUACUUUUCAUGUCUCCUUUCAGUUGGACACCAGACUAGAUGUUGCCUUCUGUUCUCUGUCUAGUCUUAUAUUUUCAGAAUAGUCUCAGUUAAACUUGCCAUUUCAAAAAUGCUUGAAAAUUUGCUUUCUUUAUUCUGAAAAGAAACAGUAUAAUGUCAGAUUUUAAGGACAACAGUAUUCAUAGAAUAUAUUUUAAGUCUCACAAGUAGUGUACGUUUUUGCAUUUGUAAUAAUUUGGCAUACCCAAAACCUAAGUUUUUUUCAGGGGUUCAAGAUCACAGGACCAUUAGGGACGAAGGUGGUUUUCAACAGUAUACCCCUGACAUUGAUAAAAGGGGAGAAUUUAUAGAUAACCAUUUCCAAGAAGAUGAAUGCCCUUUAGAUCAGGGUCCCCCGCUUCGUCGAUCCAAUCGGAUCCGCAACCAGAACCGGACUUAUUACAAUCAGAGGGGUUACAACAGGAGAUAGAUGAUAAUUUUACCAUCACCCAGGAAGGGAACACUCUAGAACUUUACAACUACAAAAUUUUCAACUAUAGUAAUAUUGAUGUACAUCCUGAACAUUUUCAGCUAUUUUCCAAAGGUUUUAAAUUUGUUCCAAACAGGAAGGCCAGUAUUCCUAGAUCCAUUAUAGAUUUAAAAUUAUUCCUGAGAAAACAAAAUCUGCAUUUAUUAUUUAAUGGGCAAGAAAUGACCACACCUUCAACUCCUGGUCUUCAAAGGAAGAGUGUUUUUAACCCUCCCCUACAUCCCCAAUUAAGGAAUUUUGGUAAUUUGUUGGAGAGAGAGUUAAGGAAUACUAUUACGAAACAUUUUGCCAUCCCCAAUUUAUCUCAGGCGGAGAAAAAAUUAUUAAAUGAAUUAAAACAGAAUGAGAACUUGAGAGUGAUGCAUCCUGAUAAGGGUGGGGGAACAGUCCUAAUGGACAAUAUUUGUUAUGAAUCCAAGAUGAGGGAUUCUUUACAUGACACAAGUAAAUACUCUAAGGCCUCAAUCAAUGAGGUGAACAUAGCUAAAAGUGAAAUACAUUUAAUGUUACAGGAUUUAUUGUUGGACGGUUCUAUUAGUAAGGAACAAUAUAAUUUUUUGUUCAACCAACAUCCCCGGGUUCCGACAGUAUUUGGCAUACCUAAGGUUCACAAAAAUCCCAUGGAUCCACCUUUGAGGCUAAUUGUUUCAGCAGAGGGGUCUAUUACUACGCCUUUGGCUAAAUUUGUGGAUGACAAACUCAAGGUUUUGUCAUACACUGGGGACAUUGUCCUUAAGGAUUCUUGGGACUUUUUGAGGUGUGUCAAAACACAUUUAUAUUCCCCAGAUCUUAUUUUCAUCACUUUGGAUAUAGUGGACUUAUUUGGCUCCAUUCCACACGAGACGGGUCUUCUAUGGUUGGAACAGGCAAUGAUAGACAAUGGUACAUUUUCUCAUGUUGAUUUUACCAAUUGCCUUUUAUUUAUGGAAAUUAUUUUGAAAAAUAAUUAUAUGUAUUUUCAGGGGGAAUUCUUUAGACAAAAUAAAGGUGUUGCCAUGGGUGCUAAAUGUGCCCCAACAUAUGCCAACAUUGUUUUGAAUUGGUGGGAGAAAUUAUUUAUUUUGGAUUGUCCAUUUACUCAAUGUUGGUCUAUGUACAAGAGAUUUUUGGACGAUAUAUGCAUUUUCUGGAUAGACACUAAGGAAAGAUUCUAUGAAUUUUUGGAUUAUUUGAAAGGUACGACCAACUUUUUGGAUUUUACAUUUGAGGUAAACACAGAACAGUUGGUUUAUUUGGAUAUUACACUCAAAAAGCUGGAUAAGGGGUUUUCCUCCAGUAUACAUCGCAAGAAAACCUUUUCUAAUUCAUACCUCCAUUAUAAAAGUGCUCAUCCUUAUUUUCAAAAGAAAAAUUUAGUGAAGGGUCAACUUGUCAGGGUCAGCAGAAUGACCUCGGAUGACCAAGAAUUUAAAGGAAUGCAACAACGUGUGUAACAUGUUGGUAGACAGGGGUUAUCCAAGGUCCUUACUUGAUGGUGCCUUAUCUGAAGUGGUUCAGGAAAGGCACAAAAGAUUUGCCCCUAUUUUAGGACAGAGCAUACCUGCCUUAACUAUUGAUCCAGGUAACAAAAAACCCACCCUAUACGAUAGAGCCUAUAUACUUGAUUAUACAGGUGACUCAGCACCCAUCAAGGAGGUGAUUUCUAGGGAAUGGACAAGAUUUGUCCAGAUUACAGAUCUACCAUUGAAUAACAAAAGCCCUUUAAAAUUUAUUUAUCGGAAGGACACUAAUUUUAAGCAAAUUUUUUAAUAUGGAGGUCCUAAAGUUAAGAAUAUUGGUCCACGUGGGGUGGGAACAUACAAAUUUGGGUUUUGUUCCCAAUGCCCUAGGGUAAUCAAUAGAAAGGAGAUUUUUUUGGAAGCUAGGAAUAAAACACUUAUUAGUAGAGGUACUUUUAAUUGCAAUAGCUAUGGCAUUGUAUAUUUAGCAACAUGCAACUUUUGCAUCUCUUUUUAUGUGGGGAAAACAGAAAGGAAAUUGAGAUGUUGCAUUUAUGAAUAUCUGUAUGAAAUCAAAAAACAGAAUAUGAAGAACGCAUUGUUUAGACAUCAAAUUUCUUGCCCACAAGCAGUUUUUUCUUUCUUUGUUUUGGACUCUGUACCCAAGGAUAUAAGGGGUGGUUUAUGGGAAGAUAAAUUGGAAUAUAAAGAGUUAUACUGGCAAAUAGUAUUAGAUUGUAAUAAAUUUCCAGGUUUAAAUGACUAUUUGUCUAUCAAGCCAGUUUUAAAACUUAGAUCAGCUAAAUUAUGAGCAAUUCUUUGCAUUUACACAAUUAAGCCACUAGAUGGCAAUAUUUUCCAUACAUUGCAUAAAUAUACAUUUUGUAUUGCAAACAGAGCAAUAGUUUUACAAUU